AUGAAGAAGGAGGUGUUGGUGGCGCUAAGCACAACUCUGACGGUGGUAGUACUGGGGGCAUUGAUCAGGAGGUGGAAGCGGAGGAAAGAGCAACAAUUGAGGAAUGCAAAGAACAUUAUUCGAAAGUUUGCAAGGGAAUGUGCCACCCCAGUCACAAAGCUUUGGCAGGUUGCUGAUGACUUAGUGUCUAACAUGAAACUCUCUCUUGCUUCUUCCGCUCAAACCUCCCCUCUCAACAUGGUCAUUUCCAAUGUUACAUCCCUCCCUCAAGGAGACGAGGAAGGUUUUUUUUAUGGAGUUAAUUUGCAAGGGACGAUUUUGUUGAUGCUGUGCGCGCGUCUUGGAGGAAAGAAUAUGCCUAUCUCGGCUUUACACAGGGAAGAAAUUUCCAUCCCAGAUGUUAUCUUGGCUGGUACUUCUGAGGAAAUAACAGAUUUUGUAGCUACAGAGAUAGCAAAGUUCGUUUCGGAUCAUCCGGAGAUGGAGGACAGUGCACCCGCCAAAAAGAAGAAAUUGGGAUUCACUUUGUCAUAUCCCGUCGACGAAAUUAUGCCAUUCACGGUCACUUCAUUUCAACGCAAAAGCGCAAACCAACCAGUUCGCAAAGGAAUGGUAAAAGACUUUAAUCGAGCAUUGACGAACCAUGGAAUGAAAAUGCACGUUUCUUCAAUGGUUGAUGACACCAUUGGAGGUUUGGCCGGAGGAAGAUACUAUAGUAGGGACAGCGUUGUUGCAAUUACUCUUGGCAUGAGCACAAAUGCUGCUUAUGUAGAACCAGCAGAAGUUGUUGCAAGUGACCUUGCACAAUCUCCCAAUUCAAGCGAGCUGGUAAUUAGCAUGGAGUGGGGAGACUUCAAAUCCCCUCAUCUUCCUUUGACACCAUUUGACGCUAGUUUGGAUGCUGAGAGCUCAAAUCCUGGAAGAGGGAUUUUCGAAAAGCUGAUUUCAGGAAUGUAUUUGGGAGAAAUAGUGAGACGGGUCUUGUUGAAGUUGGCCCAGGAAACAGCCUUGUUUGGAAGCAGCGUGCCUCCAAAAUUGUUGACUCCAUACUUGCUCAGGUCUCCUGAUAUGGCUGCUAUGCAUCAAGACACAUCAGAGGAACAUGAAGUAGUGGGUGAGAAACUGAAGGAAGUAUUCGGGAUAAAUAGUUGCAGUGCAAUGGGACGAGAAAUGGUAGCAGAGGUGUGUGACAUCGUAACAGAGAGAGGUGCAAGACUAGCGGGAGCUGGAAUUGUGGGAAUAAUAAAGAAGCUUGGGAGAAUUGAGAAUAGGAAAAGUGUGGUGACCGUAGAAGGUGGGCUUUAUGAGCACUAUCGCAUUUUCAGAAAUUACCUUCAUAGCAGUGUCUGGGAAAUGCUUGGGAACGAUCUCUCUGACAAUGUCAUCAUUCAACAUUCUCAUGGAGGCUCUGCAACCGGUGCUCUGUUCCUUGCUGCUGCUCACACUCACGCUCAUCGUGCCGAUUCUUGA